CUUAAGGUUGUCUCCUAUGUAUUUCAGCUCAGUGUCCGUCUCUGAUAAACCCCUACGCCAGCUUCUCCGAUUCCGAAAUGCCCUUCCUGAAACCCCAAAUUCACCGUGCACUCUCUUCACGCUGCUCUGCCUCCGACGCCCUCCUCGCUGACAAAGCGAUCACGUACCUCAAACGCCACACCCACCAACUCAACUCUCUCUCUUCCCAUUUCACCCCUGAAGCGGCCUCCUAUUUACUCCUCAAGGCCCAGUUCGACCAAACCCUAACCCUGAAUUUCCUCAACUGGGCCAAACCCCACUGCUUCUUCAGCUUCCAUUGCAAGUGCCUCUCCCUCCACAUUCUCACCCGCUUCAAGCUCUACAAGACCGCCCAGACCCUCGCCGAGGACGUAGCCGUUAAUACCGUCGACGACACUGGCGAUUUGGUCUUUCACUGCCUGAAGGACUCGUACCAUUCCUGCAACUCCAGCUCGGCGGUCUUCGACUUGGUGGUAAAGUCCUAUUCCCGCGUGAAUUUGAUUGAUAAGGCUUUGAACAUUGUCAAUUUAGCGAAAAGUCACGGUUUUAUGCCCGGUACUUUGUCGUAUAAUGCAAUUCUCGAUGCAGUCAUUAGGGCAAAACGGUCGGUUAAGUUUGCAGAGGAGGUGUUUGUUGAAAUGAUUAGGUUGGGAGUGUCGCCGAAUGUGUAUACUUUUAAUAUUUUGAUUAGAGGUUUUUGUGGGGCGGGGAAUUUGGAAAUGGGUUUAAGAUUUUUCAGCGAAAUGGAGAGGAAUGGGUGUUUGCCGAAUGUGGUUACGUAUAAUACGUUGAUUGAUGCGUAUUGCAAGUUGGGAAGGGUUGAUGAGGCGUUCCAGUUGUUAAGGUCGAUGGCAUUGAAGGGCUUGGAGCCAAAUUUGAUUUCAUAUAAUGUGGUGAUCAAUGGGUUGUGUAGAGAGGGGAGGAUGAAGGAGACGAGUCAGGUUCUUGAGGAGAUGAGUAAGAAGGGUUUAGUUUGCGACGAGGUGACAUUUAAUACACUUAUCAAUGGUUAUUGCAAGGAAGGUAAUUUUCACCAAGCACUUGUUCUGCAUGCGGAGAUGGUGAGGAAUGGAUUGUCUCCAAAUGUUGUUACUUAUACAGCAUUGAUUAAUAAUAUGUGUAAGGCUAAGAAUUUAAAUCGGGCAAUGGAGUUUUUUGAUCAGAUGCAUGUUAGAGGACUUAGACCAAAUGAGAGGACAUAUACGACAUUGAUUGAUGGGUUCUCCCAGGAGGGCUUCUUAAGUGAAGCUUACCGGGUUCUAGAUGAAAUGACCAAGAGAGGAUUCUCACCUUCGAUUGUGACUUACAAUGCCCUUAUUAAUGGACACUGCAUUUUGGGGAGUAUGGACGAGGCCCGAGGAGUGAUAGAAGAUAUGGUGGAGAAAGGGUUGGCUCCAGAUGUGGUAAGUUAUAGUACUAUCAUAUCUGGCUUUUGCCGACAUGGGGAGGUAGAGAAGGCAUUUCAAAUGAAGCUGGAGAUGGUUGAGAAGGGUCUUUUACCUGAUUCCAUUACCUACUCAACACUUAUUCAAGGUCUCUGCCAGCAAAGGAGACUGGUUGAAGCUUGUGAUCUUUACCAAGAUAUGUUGAAUAUGGGUCCACGCCCUGAUGAAUUUACUUAUACAACUUUGAUAAAUGCUUAUUGUGUAGAAGGGGACUUACACAAGGCACUUCAUUUGCACGAUGAGAUGAUACAAAAGGGCUUUCUACCUGAUGCUGUUAGCUACAGCGUGCUUAUUAAUGGACUUAACAAGCAGGCUCGGACAAGGGAAGCAAAAAGGCUUCUGCUCAAGUUGUUCUAUGAGGAGUCUGUCCCAAAUGAUGUCACAUAUGAUACUCUGAUAGAGAACUGUAGUAACAUUGAAUUUAAGGGUGUGGUAGGUCUUGUUAAGGGAUUUUGUACGAAGGGUAUGAUGAAUGAAGCAGAUCAAGUUUUUCAGUCAAUGCUUCAGAAGAACCAUAAGCCUGACGAAGCAGUUUAUAAUGUUAUUAUACAUGGGCAUUCUAGAAGUGGAAAUGUUCAGAAGGCAUAUAAUCUGUACAAGGAAAUGUUGAAUUCUGGUUUUGUUCCUCAUACUGUGACUGUUAUUGCUCUGGUUAAAGCGCUUUUCAUGCAAGGAAUGAAUGAGGAGUUGAGUCAGGUCAUAGUGAACAUAUUGAGAAGUUGUAGGCUCACUGAUGCUGAACUUGCGAAAGUACUUGUUGAAAUUAACCUUAAAGAAGGGAACAUGGAUGCAGUAUUUAAUGUGCUUACUGAGAUGGCUAAGGAUGGCCUCCUUCCAAAUGGUGGGAGAACCGCUUAUGCUGGGGGUUGAAAUAAGUUUUAGGGCGAGAUGACUGAGCACAUGUUUUAUGUUUAGUAGAAGACAUGAUGAAAGAAGCAAGCUGAAGCGCACGGUCCCUUUAACUUCAAGUUUAAUUCUUCAACGAGCUUGGAAGAGCUAUGUCAAGGGAACCUUCUCUCUUUCAUUGCAUUCUUCCUCAGGGUUCUGCCAGAAUUGCUUCAAAUGCCAUUUCCACUACUUAUUUGUGACUGCGUUUGCCUUUUCUUGGCGGCAACUCAUCUGAAAAGUCUUAUUUCUAUAGAUAUUCGAUUGACAUGUUAUACGAUCGGCAUUCAGUUUGAGUUAAAGACUAACUUUAGCAAUUGGUAUCAUCAUGUCGUAAUUGAAUGCCACUCAUUUCAUCCCAAGAAGGCUAUAUUGAUGGGAAUGCAGCAUUAAGAAGGGUAUGAGAUGAUGGUCAGCAACACGAAUAUGAAAAGCUCAAUGUUGGAAGAGCUACUAGAAAGAGUUAUAAUCAAGUGGCCAGCAAGCUCUGCAUGUGUAGAAGCUGAAAUUGAAGUUCUUAUUCGCUUGCCUGUGCUUGUUGAAGCUGUUGUAUAUAUGUGAAUACAAUGACUUAUAUGGCA